AUGAGAAACAAUGUACGAAAACGUCUUCCCAAAUUUAAACCUGACGAGGUGGCUCUAGUGAAAGGUUCUUGUGACUUCUUAGGCAUAAAUUAUUACACAGCUCGUUAUGCCCAAAAUGUACCUCGAGAGACUUUCAUAACACAUUAUCAGAAUGAUCUGCAUGUUGUAGAUCACACUCAUCGAAAUGGCAAGCCAAUUGGUAAAUGGGGUGGUUCGGAUUGGUUGUACAUAGUUCCAGAGGGAAUUUACAAUAUGAUGCUUUACAUAACGGAAAGAUACAAUAAUCUUGAGAUUUUCGUUAUAGAGAAUGGGGUGGAUGAACUGAAAAACAAUAAUCAACCAAUUUCAGAGGCUUGUAUUGAUGAAACAAGGGUUGAAUAUUUCAAGGACCAUCUUGCAUAUCUUAAAAAGGCAAUGGAUUGUGGUGUACAUUUGAAGGCAACCUCAAAAAACGCUCCGCCCAUCCUCUCUACCACAGUUGACGCCUUGACGGCAGCCAAUGGCCACACCUACGGUACCGGCUCCAACUUUCAAGCUCCGCGCGACCGCGCCUCCCCCCAUUCCAACUUCCAAGCUCGUGGUUCCAGCUCCACGCGUCCUCACUCCUAUCUAAGCUCUCUCGAUCUUCCAGCACUCAGCACUCAGUAUCCUGGGGUUGAAUUCUUGAUGAUAGACAAUGUCAAUGGGCUUCAUCGAUCUUCGAGCGCUUCUUCAAACCCCUACUUCCUCAAGAACUCCUUGACAUCUUCCAAUUUCGCCCUCUUCAACAUCACAAAUAAUCCAUUUUCUUCCUCUUCUGAUGGCUCUACCUUUGCCUACAAUUCCCUUUUAGAGGCUUGCCUUUUUGGUCUCGAAUUCGGUGGCACGUUCUCCCCCAUUGACCCUGGAAAAAUUGUACCUUUAUGGAAAAAUUGGUGGGAGAAGUAG